AUGUAUUUAAGCAAUUCAAAGAAAAGUGGAGGAUCAAUUUUGACUUUAGCUGGACUUUUUUGCUACCUUUUAGGCUUAAUUUUUGUGUUUGAUCGCUUCUUUCUUAUCAUAGGCAACUUACUCUUUACAGGUGGGACUUGCUACAUUGCUGGUACAGCGACUUUAUUAUCAUUUUUCUUCAAACCUUCAAAAUUAAAAGGAUCAGCAUGCUAUUUUAUUGGAUUCUUUUUGAUAAUCUGCAAUUGGACAAUCUUAGGGACAUUUAUUCAAUUAUUUGGAUUUUUCUAUUUAUUUAGAGACUUCGUUCCUCAGUUAUAUUCAUCAUCAAAAUAUAUCCCAGGAGUUGGAUCUUAUAUUUGCAAUUCUCCUUUUAUUCAUGAACUGGUGGGGAAAAUAUCGGGACAAGGGAAAGCUACCUCAGUUUAA